GCUACGUAAUCAUGGCACAGGAUGAUAAUGGUGUCCGUUUUGGACUCAAAAGGCUGUCUUUCUAAGUUUUAGUUAAUUUUGACCAUGGCAUACAUGUCUUAGUAACCUUACGUAUGAGGUGCCCUUGAUCAGGCAAUUUUUAAAGUACAUUCCAUUUUUUAAAAUGUUUACAGAGUGCGUAAUAGGAAAACGAAGCUACUCGCAAACGUAUCAACAUCAGUAAGGUUAAUAUUGAAAAAUGUAUAUAGCGUCUCAUUACAGCCAUUCAGUGAAUAGUUUGUCGAGGCGCUUUUCAUAGCGCUCAUUAAGAACUUGCUAUUAAUUCAGUUUUUUCUAUAGGAGAGGGCAAAGAAGAAAAUGUAGGAGAUGAAGGCAGACAGUCCAGAAUUUUGCCUGUCGCAUCCUUUGUCAUCUUACAGUGAGAUAUAAAAGAUUUUGCAUCUCGGAUCUGUGCAAGAACUACAUUUAACAGUUAUUAUCAUUUAGUUAACAUCGUUGGGUAGUCUUGAACUCGUUAAAAAGCUGUUAUAAAUAAAGAUCGCACUGGCAAAAAUGAUUAUUUCAUUACAGAGUGCGCCAAGGAAUUCAAGAGAACGAGGAAUGAUUCACUCUGAAGUAAGAAAUUUCGACAUGAACAGUUUACAAGCUGACGACUGCGACAUACUUCUUGAUCGCGUAGACAGGGGUAGAAAUGAGAAGAAAGCCGUUAAGUUGGAUUUUCAGGCCAUCGGUGGAGACGAAGGUGCUUUUGGCAGUUAAGAAAGUUACCGAACUUCAAAUAUGUCGGACGUCAAUCAUAAGCACAUCUUGAAGAAAUUCUACGAUCAGCUCUUAGAAGAUGUUGAUCCAGACAAGGUUGGAAUUCAUCUUGCACAAAGUAAAACGAUCACCGAAAUGGAACUGCGAGCACUGAUUAUUAAUGAAGGAAGGAUGCAGACGUUGUUGAGGAUGAUAGCCAAUAAAGGACAAGAGGCGUAUGAGGAGUUUUUAAAAGCCUUGGAGAAAGAAAAAUGCUUUGUAGCUUAUCAUCUUCUAAAGGAAGAAAAGGCAAUUAGUGACUACAAACUAAAAGAAACAAUCGAGAAACUCAGAAAAAUUAAAGAAGAGCUCUUACCUUUAAAGGAAAAGGCUGCAAUAGAAAAGACAACAUUUAAAAAAGAUACUUCGAGAACAAUUGAUCAUCGGCAAACACUUGUCACUGAAGACCAUAUCCAGGUAAUCGUUGAUGACAUAGGCGAACUCUGGAGGGACCUGGGCGUUAAGUUGAGACUAUCAACGGAAGUGCUCCGCAUAAUUGACGCUGAUUUCAAACAUUUCCGCGAAAAAGCUUGGGAGGUGUGCCUCAGGUGGAAACAGAGAAAAGCAAGUGGAGCCACGUUAGGAGUGCUUACAGAUGCCCUUGAAAAUAUAGAAAAAAGAAGUUCUGCGCGUAAACUGCUAGCGGAACCCCGCAGUACGGGCAACUCGGUAAUACGGUCACCUCGUUAUUACGGCCGCUAUAUUUUGGCUAUGCAAAGCGGCCUUACAUUUCCUUAUACAAACCCUCACUAAUACGGUCACUUGUUGAUACUGCCAACGUCACAUUUCAAAUAUCAAGCAUCAGAAUCCCUUAUCAUUUCCCCCGUUAUUGCAGCCACUAGCGCUAAAUUUAGAAAACAAAAUGCCUUAGACGUGACAAUUUGAUGAAUCUCUGUCAUUUCCUAAUUGAACAGCCGAUUUAACAUAUAUUGUAGGUAAGUAAGCACCUCUCCUUCCUGGUCUUGGUCCAUAAACUCAAAAGAAAACUCCGUUAGUAUUCCACUUUGCUAAAGUCUAAAAACGAAAUUGUAACCUUUGUAUAGAAAAGCAGUAAUUUGUUAACUUAAAUUGACCAGACAGUCAUUAAUAGUACUAGCCGGGCGAAAACCGAAUUGCCUUAGGGGCUUAGGCUAUCUUUACUGACUAAGCAGAAAAUAUGUUUAUCAAAUAUGGAUUUUAAAAGUAUUUUAUACUAAACGCAAGAUGGAUCCAAAUAGGCCGACAAUCUUCUGAAGAAUAAUGUUAGCCAUGUUAAAGUGUGUGAAGGACUUUGCUAUUUUCAAACCGUCAAGCUAGAAAAAUACCUUUAGAAACGAAUUAAUGAACUACAUUCGUAAGAAAGGCAGUAAAUCUGAAAUACAACAAUAGGGGCUAGGAGAUGAUGAUAACCUGAUAAUCCCCUGACCCCUCGUGGUUUAACUAUCCAAUUGUUUGUGAGUCCUAUGAUUCAUGAUCACUGUCCUACAAGACCACACUUGCAGUUUCAAUCCUUUAGUGGAUUUUCCUUGGCUGUUAGUAAGACUUGAGUCUCCAAACAGUUAACUACGUGUCUGGGUCUGUUUACUGACCUUUCAUUGGACCUACACUGAAAUUUUUGGCAUAGCUUAGUGCGCUGAUUGAUUAUCUGAUCG